CAUUGUCGUACACAGAAAACGCCCGGUUUUUGACUAAAAAUCGUUUAACGCGAGCCUCCUUUGCAAAAUUUUGACAUUGCAGCGUACGCAGAGAAUAUUUUCUGACCGUGCAGUGUGAAGAUCCGGGUUUUAUGCUCAGUGAAAAGCAUGUGGUGCAGCAUUUAACCAGUCGCUAUGAGUGGACCUGGAGAGGCAAGUGGUGGGUAUAUGGAUCAAGAAAAACCUAUCAUCGGUAAAAAACAAGUCACUGUUAAAGAGCAUGGCAAUGUUAAUGCCAAGCCAACAGUUAAGAAGAAGAAAUCAGUCCAAGCUGACUUGGAUGUUGUAAAAGAAUUCAUCAAAUGUAAAGAUCAAGGAGAAAGUAGACUAGAUCUGAGUAAAUCCUGUAUUUCAGUAUUGCCAAGUUCGAUCAAGGAUUUGACUCAGUUAGUUGAACUCUAUCUCUAUGGAAACAGACUACAGUAUUUACCAAAUGAAAUUGGUUACCUUAGUAACCUGCAGAAGUUAGCACUGAGUGAGAAUUCUUUAACGUCGUUACCUGUGUCACUUGAAAGGUUAAAGGUCAUCAAAGUACUUGACUUAAGGCACAACAAGCUGAAAGAGAUUCCUGAAGUUGUUUACAGACUGACGUCACUUACCACUUUAUUCCUGAGAUUUAAUAGAAUAUCAGAUGUAGACGAAGAACUUUCGAAUCUUACGAAUUUAACUAUGUUAAGUUUACGAGAGAACAAAAUCCGAAAAUUACCUCAAGGCAUUGGUAACUUAACCCAUCUUAUUACCUUUGAUGUGUCACAUAAUCACUUGGAACAUCUUCCGUCAGAGAUUGGUAAUUGUGAGCAGUUAUCCUCUUUAGAUUUACAACACAAUGAAUUAUUAGAUUUACCGGAUUCCCUUGGUAACCUUAGGCAACUAAGUCGACUAGGAUUAAGAUAUAAUCGUCUGCAGGCAAUACCUAAAUCACUUUGUAAUUGUCUAGACAUGGAAGAAUUUAAUGUAGAAAAUAACAACAUCUCCUCCUUACCUGAAGGACUUUUAUCAAGUUUAGUGAAUUUAACAAGUCUUUGUUUAUCACGGAAUAAUUUUAACUCGUAUCCAAUUGGUGGGCCAACACAAUUUGCUACUGUUUAUUCAAUAAAUAUGGAACACAACCAUAUUACCAAGAUUCCGUUUGGUAUUUUUACUCGUGCAAAGUAUUUGACAAAGUUAAACAUGAAGGAGAACCAAUUAACAGCUUUACCGUUAGAUGUCGGUAGUUGGAUGUCAAUGGUUGAAUUGAAUCUGGGUACAAACCAACUCAGUAAAUUACCUGAAGACAUACAGGCGCUGACAUCACUGGAAGUGUUAAUACUUAGUAAUAAUCUACUCAAGAAACUGCCACGUGGCAUUGGUAACUUGCAGAAAAUGAGGGUGUUGGAUCUGGAAGAGAAUAAAUUGGAAUCUUUACCUUCAGAAAUUGCGUAUUUAUGUUCAUUACAAAGACUUGUUUUGCAGUCUAACCAAUUGUCAACACUACCACGAAACAUAGGACACCUUGGAACUUUACAGUAUCUAAGCGUAGGUGAGAAUAAUUUGACGUCACUACCAGAAGAGAUCGGAACGCUAGAAAACCUGGAACAGUUGUAUCUGAACGAUAAUCCUAAUCUGCAUAAUUUACCGUUUGAAUUAGCGCUCUGUUCAUCACUCCAGAUCAUGAGUAUUGAAAACUGCCCAUUGAGUCAGUUACCUCAAGAGGUUGUUGCAGGUGGACCGUCAUUGGUUAUUCAGUAUCUCAAGAUGCAUGGUCCGUACAGAUCAAUGGUGAAUCUUUAAUUUUGUUGAACUGUGGGAUGGUGGAUCAAAUAGGACCUUCCUGGCUCCACGGACCAACCAUGAGUUGGCGUGGAGAGCGAGAGUGAGAGAGAUAGAGAGAGAGCAAGAGAUAGCAGCAUUGGAUGGAAGGCAUCUACCAAUAUACUUUAUCACAAUCACUGAGAGAUAGUUAGUAUUUGCUGAUUACAGAGAGCCAUGCAUAGCCAGAGAAACCUGUGUUUGUUAUAGAUACAAAUUACAGUAACUGAUAAUGAUUUAAUUUGUAAUGUGUGCUGUCUAGUGUGCCAAUAUUUGGCUUUAAUUAAGUGGCAUUGUAGAAGAUCAACAUGUACAAGGAAAUCAUUUGAAAGCCAGCUUUGUCUGUGCAGCCCCUUUGCAUUGCAAGUGGUUGGUUUCCUAUAUGUAACCAAUGUGUUACAUGUUAUUUUGCUAGCAGAAUGUACAAGUACUAAUGCAACUUAUUAAAGCUAGGAGUUGUCUACCAGCUCAUAUUUUCUUUGUAUAUUAAUCACCUUAUUUGCAUAAUCCAUUUUUACUGUGUAUAUUAUGGAAAUUAUGAAAAAAGAAAUUGUCAUAAGUAGGCAUCUGACUUAAUUUGCAUGUUUAUUAGUUUAUUUGCAUAAUUGAUUAUUUAUAUUUGACUCCCAUGAAUGAUUGAAUGCUGAUCUUGAAGUCUAUUUCAUUAUUUACUAAUACCGGUAUAUGCAGAAAAUAACUACACUCGAUGAGUAAAAGGAAAGUAUAAAUUAAUGGAAAAGAUCUUUGAACAAAUCCUGAUUUGAACAGUCAGAAACAUCUGCAUAAUUAAUGAGAACAUUUGCAUGAAUAGUGUGUCUUCGCAUUUUCUGUGUGUGAAGGCAGUUUUUAAAAUGACAGAUCACUGCUGUAUUAUAUGAAUAACAAACAGAAGAUAAUGGCCCAAUGCCUUCAUUAUAGCGCUAUUUCCAUGUCUCUAACUUCAAUAGUGCUCGAGAUAUUAUAUAUAUGCAUAUUUAAUGAGUUCUAAAUUCAUAUAAGCUAAAAACCAAAGUACAAGAUGGCAGCUGUCUGUGCCCAGUUAUACAAAAUAACCCUGAAUGCCAAAUAGGUCUCCUUAAGUAGACAGGGAAAUUUGAGACUACAUUAUAAUAUAGCUAGGGGCAUAUCAAGAGGCAAUAUACUUAAGGUAGUUAGGAACCCCAUUGUUUUUAUAAAGAUUUCCCGACAAUACAAAUAAUAAAAUAUCCAAAUUACUUGUGUUAUUAUUCAGUUUAAUUGUAUUUGUUUAAUACCUUGAGAACUUCUCUAGCAACUUCAAGAUUAAAGUCUUUCUCAAUUCUUGCAGCGGAUUGGUUAUUAGGGAUGUAGUAAUGUACUAAAGUAGGAUUCUCUCAUUACUGAAUCAUGGUCCCACAUGUAGUUGCAUAUCCUAGCGCUGUAAUGCCAUCUACAGGACCAUGAAUGUUUCACCCUGCGGUUCCACAUGUAAUUACUGAAUGUGCCCCCCCCCAGCCCUUAAGUUCAAUAGGUCAGCCUACUGUAUUGGUCUUAUGACGCAGGAUAUAUGUUAAUGAUGAAUAAGUAUCUCUCGUCAAAUAUCAAUAUUAUUAAACUCUAUAAUUUAUAUAUUACUUACAGAACAGUUAUUAAAAUGUCAAAUUGAUUUUUCUUUAUGUUUUUGUAGAAAAUGUGCUGUGGAUAUAUCAGUUUUGCUAGUAAACAUUGUAACAUGUGCUACAGGGUAACAUCAUCUGCAGCACUGUACCAUCAACUGUUAAGAUCUGCUACAUUGUACCAUUAUCUACUAGACUUGUUAGCACUAUUAGCUGGUUAAAUAAUGCCAUAUGCCAUUAAACUAGCAGUUAGUAUACAACCAUCUGUUCAAACUAGCGGUUAAUAUGACUUGUGCUAUUUCAACUAACAGUAUGCCAUAAACUAAUUAACAAGUGGCUAAUAUGCCAUACUUUUCUUAAACUAUCAGUUGAUAUGCAUUAAGAUGCUUAAACUAGCAGUCACUAUGACAUAAGCUGUUUUAACUAGCAGUUAUUAUGUCAUAAGCUGUCCAAACUAGCAGUUAGUAUGUCAUAAGCUGUCCAAACUAGCAGUUAGUAUGUCAUAAGCUGUCCAAACUAGCAGUUAGUAUGUCAUAAGCUGCCCAAACUAGCAGUUAGUAUGUCAUAAGCUGCCCAAACUAGCAGUUAGUAUGUCUAUAAGCUGCUUGUACUACUAGUUGUUGAUAUGUCAUAAUCUGAAUGAACUAUCAUUUAGUAUGCUAUAACAUGCUUUAGCUAUCACUUUCUAGUAAGCUGCUUGAGCUGCUCCAAAUUUGUCUUUCUUUGGAGAGGUUUUGUCUUGAGCUUUGUGAUUGGUCAAAAAUUUGUUUAUAUUCUUCUUGCAGCCAAUAAUAUUGUUCCUUUUUAAGCUGAGAUUUGCAUUGAAUAAAUUAUUGCUUGUUGUUAAAUGUAUAA